GAAUGCCUCCUUAAACUUGCACCUAUUUUCAUGCUUUUGUGUACUUUUCAGUUAAACAUAGUUGAUUCUUACUGCUGCUGCUUCACUCAUAUUAAAAAGUAUUUUCAGCUUUCACAGGCGUUUGCGCUAUGGCAGUUGUGAAAAUGUACGUUUAAUUAUGGCUUGGAAUAACCGACUGAUUUUUCGGGUUAUCCCCUACAGUGGGUACAAACCUCAUGUUCGCUGGAGAGCAACUACGACAACAUUCCGCUGCUGAUGCGGAGUGGCUUUGGUGGAGAGGGAAACAGCCUUCUGUGCAAGCCUUAUUUUGUCGUCCUUUUAGCGCAACUCAGGCUGCGCGUAAAGGAAAAGAGAAAAAAUGCAAGCAUGAAAAGGUGAGAGGAUAGGUGACAUACCGUCCUCCUUUUUCUCAUUAUUAACAUUAGGUCGCAUUAUUUUCAAAAUCUAACCUCUUCGUCAAAAUUGCCAUGACCAUUUUUUCAAGAAUAAAAAAAAAUAACUUAUAAUCACUAUUAUUGAAAUAUAGUAAGUACUGAUCUAUAAGUUACCAGGAAGCAAGGACAUAACACGAUGUUUCCAUUGCGAACCAUGGCCAAUCCCCCCUCGUGGGCGCGUGCCAUAAGUUGAAGGAAGAAGAGGCAGAGCAAGGCUUCAAAAGAUUAGGUGAACGUUUCAGCACGCAAUUCUUGGCCAAUCCCCCAGCGUGGGUAUGAGCCAUAACAUGAGGCCAUCAUCAUCAUCAUCAUCUGUCUGUCCUGCUCGCUCAGUGCUCCUGGCAGCUGUUUCCGUCUUCAGCUCAGUGCCCAGACAUCCUUUUAAAGCGCUGCUUUUCUGUAAGGAUCCCAUCGUCUCGUCAAGACUGGUGACACAACCGCGAGGCCAAUAUGGAGGAUGCAAGCCAGAUGUCACAGUUAUCCGAGAUGUCGACAGCUUCGACGAGCCCUAGCGAUCGCAUGGCGCACCGCGAGCAGAAGCGGAUGAUCGUACGUACUGGCAUAGUCGUUAUCAUACUGCUUCUCAUCAUAGACGCCAUACUGCUGUACCUGUGGCUGACGGCAGAACCGAAGGUCAUCUACAAGAAGGUCACCAAAGAAGACUUGAACAGGCGCCUGUUCCAACCUUUCGACCUUGACCCGAGGGACACUGACGACACUCUGCUGCUCCUGGAAGGGCUGUCGUUCCCUAGCACGGACACCUCCUCCGACCACCGCCAUAGGCAGGGCAUGUGUAACUCCUCGGGCUGCCUGUGGCUCCAGGGGUACCUCAGAGGACGCAACAGUGGCUUGGGCCACAUCCAUAGCCAGAGCCAGAAGGGUGGCCGACCGGGCCCCUGCGACGACUUUCAUGAGCACGUGUGCGGCGCGAGACGUCACUCACUUUACAGGGAUGGCGUCGCGCGACUCAUGGCCGCCGUCGCGGAAAGGCUCACGGGAAGGCUGCGCGUAGUCCCCGGAAUCGGAAGUGGACGAGCGGAAGCCGCCGGCACUGGAGACCCGGAUGAGGAUCAUGCGAUAGUCCUCGAGCGGUGCCUCGAAGGUGGAGCCGUGAUCACCAAAGAUAACAUUAUGAGUACCUGUGGGCAAACACGGGGCGAGGACUGCCCGCCGUCAUUUCCCUAUGCGCCCCUCGGGAUCACCGAGCGCUUCUUCCGAUCCAACCGCAGCGCCAGCAUCGACGACUUCGCUGCUUUCGUACAAAGCCUUGCGCCGAACCUGCGCAGCGGAGGCCACUCGAACUCUAGCGAGGUCGGCUUGGUCAGGGCAUUCCCCAGGCGGUGGAUCUCCACAGCGUGCCGAUGGGUUGAGUUGUCUGCGCGUUGUCAUCUGGAGCGGAGUUUGCAGUCCAGGGGCUCUGCUGGCCUCGCGCUUUACCAGCAGCUGUGGAAGCUGCUUUACUUCGCACCUUUCUUGGGUAGCCAGGCUCGUCCACUGGUAAAGGCAGCCUACCAGGAACCCCCCGAUCCUCAGCUGCAAGCUUGUGUCCGUUUCAUUGACGACGCGUUUCGGCAAAAGACCACCCAGGCUGCCAGGGCGACGCUGUCGGAGGCUGUCGAUGGCUUACACGACACCGUCGCCCAUUUCGUAUGGGAGGCCCGCCAGAGACACUAUAGCCCACGACCUUCAGCGAUGUAG